GAUCUCUAAAGUUCAGACACGGAACGAAGAGUGUAGUUUACCUAAUGGCUUGUGUCCAUUAAAGCAAUGAUGGCUCCGAAACAAAUUAUUAUUGGGAAUUUGUGUUUGUGUAAGAGAGUUGGCAUCCGAAAAAAUGGCUAAAGCAAGCGGCACUAAAAAAAGUUUCUCUUCGUGGAUAUCCAAAAAAAACAAAGUUCAUGUGGCGAAAAUACCCGUGACGAACAAAGCAGUAACCUUACAAGACUCGUUGAGACCAAUUUUAAUAAUCGGACAGGCGUUCGGCUUAUUUCCUGUUAUCGGAUUGUACAGCAAGCACGAAGCUAACUUGAGGUUUAACUGGAUUUCCUGGAAAUGCCUUUAUUCAUUAAUACUAUUGAGUGGGCAAAUAUGGAUGUGCAUAAUGUGUUUUAAUAAAAUGUUUCGCUUGGAAACUACGUUGCAGACUACAUCGCCAGCUAUCUUCUAUGGAACUACGUGUAUAUCGAUAGCUUUGUUUCUACAAGUGUCUGUAAAAUGGCCUAAAUUGGUCAAGCACGCAAUUCAAACAGAAGAUCUAGAUCCCAACUAUGAUACAAGUGUGACAUUAAAAUGUUACAUUACUUGCGCCGUUGUUCUUUCCCUAGCCAUAUUAGAACAUAUUCUUUCUCUGUUGUAUGCAUUGAAUGAAGCUAUAGCGUGUUAUUCUCAUACAUAUAUUAGUACGUACGAAGGAUUUCUGAGAGUAUCUUAUCCUUGGGUGUACAGCUUUAUGCCAUAUUCCAUUCCACUGGGUAUGAUAACGCAGUUUCUGCAUAUUCAAGCAACGUUUAUUUGGACCUUCUCUGAUCUAUUUGUAAUUUGUACGAGUUAUUACCUUACUUCACGCCUGGAUAAUGUCAAUCGAAAGUUACUAACAGCACAAGGCAAGUUCUUGCCGGCAUCAUUCUGGCGGAGCGCGCGCGAGGAGUAUAGCCGCGUGACGCAGCUUGUAAGGAAAGUUGAUGAUGUCAUUAGUGGAAUAGUCUUCAUAUCUUUCGCAAACAACCUAUUCUUCGUGUGUUUACAACUGUUCAAUACUUUAGAAAACGGAAUAAAUGGUACUGGAGCUUGUCGUGCUAGUCGUCUCAAAGGGACGACCCUGUUUGCCGGUUACGAGGGCCCCGCGUACUUCAUCUUCUCUCUCGUGUACCUCAUCAGUCGUUCAGUGGCGGUUUCACUGAUCGCAGCGCAAGUAAACAGCGCAUCUUUGCUGCCUGCCCCUGUUUUAUAUGAUGUACCGUCACCGGUGUACUGCAUUGAGGUACAAAGAUUCAUUGAUCAAGUUAAUGGAGACAGUGUGGCAUUAAGCGGACUGCAGUUCUUUAUUGUCACUCGCGAGUUGCUAUUAACGGUUGCCGGAACUAUAGUCACAUAUGAGCUUGUAAUGUUGCAGCUUACACCUUCAGCUCAAGUACCUACGGCUAACGGGACUAUGACAUAGAAAAUAUAAGCAGACUAAUAUAUUUUUUUAUGGAUCAGGGGUUUAGUUUCUGUUUCAGGUAGGGUACAUAAAAACAAUAAACUUCUUAUCUAUAACAUAAACCUAAAAACUAAUACAUACUUAAUAAAAUUAACAUAUAUCUAAAAAAUUGGGCUCCUUUUGCCGAGGACGCUGAGGAAAAUUUCCGUGACCGGAUUUUUUCACAACUUUCGCCGAGGGUUAUUUCGUGAUGGAUGUCUCAUCGAGCUUAUUUCUAUAUAUAUGAUGUUAAAGUGCCUUGUCAAAUGACAAUAUAUCGCUAGUCUGCGGAGUUUUGACGGGGUCGUGCCUCUCUCAGCACUCUACCUUCUACAAGUCGACCAAAACCAGCGGUAACUCUUGGAAACGACACUACUGUGCAAAAGAUAAUUGAAGGUGCUGUACAUAUGACAUACGAGCAGUCGAGCAAAUCCGGAGAACUAUGGGCAUUGGAAUGACUGUAAUCCAAACUAUUGUACAAAUGUUCAUAGUUAAUUGGGUGUCAGAAACCUGUUUUCCCGAUGGGUAUCACAUAAUUUGUCAGAAGAGCAAAGUAUGGCUUGUGUUGUUUGGUAGGUACCGAUUUACUCUGAAACGCUUCAACGAAGGGAAAUCAAAAGCCGUGUAUAAUAUGGUCUCUGGUCGUCAAUCGAGGGUUUAUUCAUAUGAACCUUAAAGGAAGCAUCAAUCGGCAGUUUGGGUCUUCGAAGCCAAGGUCAAGCCAAUGAAAAGCUACAAAUCGGCCAUUUUGGUAAUGCCUACUUCAGAGUACAAAAAGUGCUUUA